CACAAUCAUUCGAGCUGCUCCGCACACGUUCAACACCGUUCUCACCGCCAUCAAUCGACGGCAAAAUUAGGUUCAUCGGCGAAUCGUCUGAAUUAUUAUCGACGACUUCAGUCAUCCUGUCGCCGUGGCCUCGAGUUGGAAUCGGACGCAGUUCACAAACGACUUAAAAGUGGAGGAACCAACAAGAAACGACGCGAUUCUUGAAAGAUGUUCGUGGAUCGAGAAGCAGCGAUUCACUUUAUCGGCGGUGCCGUUGGAGGUACUACAGGUACUGCCAUCACGUGUCCUCUGGAGGUUGUGAAAACUCGAAUGCAAUCGUCGCGAGGACUUGAUGCUCAAUCCGGACCGAGUACUUCUUCUGGAAGUAAUUCCUCAAAAUCAUCGACGUCUUCUUCAUCAACAAAGUCUAAUGGGAUUUUCAAAUCAGUUGUUUCCCAGAGAAAUGGUUUUGGUUCAAAUUUCCGUGGCGGCCAAUUAGCAUUGGAAAGGAUUUUCAACAACGGAAGCCUUGCAGCGCUUUCCAAAGCCAAUCUCUUCAACCAAUUUCAAAAUCCAUCAACCACAUCACUAGUUCAGUAUUGUGUAAGGAACUUGUCAACCAGCUCGACACCGCCGCAGCCUCCAACAGCAGCCAGGCGUGGAACUAUUGUCAUCAAAUAUAUAACUCAGGUUAUCAAGACGGAAGGGAUCGGUGCACUUUACAAAGGUCUAAUACCGAAUUUGGUUGGCGUGGCACCGUCAAAGGCCGUCUAUUUCUACACAUACUCUACAUCAAAACGAUUUUGGAAUGAGUCGGAAGUUCUAAUUCCAAAUUCUGCGAUUGUGCACAUGGUGUCUGCUGGUUCGGCUGGAUUCGUGGCGGCAUCGGCUGUUAAUCCUAUAUGGCUCGUGAAAACACGCCUUCAGCUUCACCAAGGACACAUUGGAAUAUGGCAAAUGAUUAAGAGAGUUUAUCAUCGAGAAGGAUUCAAAGGAUUCUACAAGGGUGUGACAGCUUCCUACGCGGGUGUCUCCGAAACGAUGAUUCAGUUUUGUAUAUACGAGUAUUUCCGUGGUGUGUUGCUCAGUGAUGCCAACGAAAUGGACAAGAGAAAAAUGGACUUCCUAAACUUUAUGGUUGCCGGUGGUUCUGCAAAGUUUAUUGCUUGUGUUGUCGCUUAUCCGCAUGAAGUGGUCCGUACACGUCUUCGUGAAGAAACAGGAAAGUCACGUGGAUUCUUCAAGACACUUUAUCAGCUGUACAAAGAAGGAUAUCCGGCAAUGUAUCGUGGUUUGUCAGUGCAGCUGAUGCGUACUGUACCAAACACUGCUAUCACAAUGGGAACCUACGAGUUUGUCGUCUACAUGCUUCAUCAUCUAUAGAAGGAUCUGGUUUCUGCAGCUGAAUACCUUUCCGCAAUUUAAUGAUCUUUUUUUCACAGAUCAUAUCAGUCUAAAUAUCAUUUUUCUUCUUCUCAUUUGGCCCUGAUAGUUAAAUCUCUGUUCUCUCAUUAUAUUUAUUAGCUUUUUGAAAAAUGUAAUUAUUUUCUCUUUUUCGAGUAUUCUAACGUUUUUAAAUAGCAGAUUCGACCUUUCUUUUUGCAAAGUUUAAAAUAGUUAAGCCCUGUUUGUUUGUUUUGUUGAAAGCCCACAGGAACCAAUUUACUACUUCUGUUCCUUUUCUCCAUUAUUAAAUCAUCCUUAUCUUUCUUUCAUCCGCCUCUUUUUCCGGUCGCUGCGAAAAUGAUUGUGUGCUCUCUUCCUUCCCCUGUUAACAGUUUCUUUCUUCUCCGGUUAUCCGGCGGGUCGUUCUUCGUCGUUGCUGCUGAUUCUGCUGCUGCUCAUCCUAGAGCCUUUGUGUUGUAAAAACAUGUUCUAUUGAAUAAAUUCACUAAAAGUCGC